UGUUUAAAAGCAUUUUUUUACUACCAGUUCACUCGAACCGGUAGUUUUUAUCACUACCGGUUUGCCCGAACUGGAGUGAACCGGUAGCAUUUCACCCGUUUUAAACCAUCAUAAUCCUGUAGCCUACCUUUAGUUUGAAAUAAAGGUUGGUGAGAAGGUAGUUGACAUACAACUCUAUUUGGAUUUCCAUCAGUCAGGAUUCCGGAGUAUAGAAUGGAAACUGAGGUGGUUGUUUAUUUGGAUAAUCUUUGAUAGGACUGGGAUAGAACAAAUACAGUCCUUCUGAAUCUGAUGGGUUCCUCAAUAGCUUUCAAUACCAAUUCAUUUCAAGGGUUAUGGCAUCCUAGAUUGACAGUGAGUGGGACACUAUAUUGCCAUAAUUCUUUUUCUUCUUGAAGGACCAGUCCCUGUUGAUGAUUGGGGGGGGGAGGAGCUCAAUUCACUGUUGGGUGCCACAUGCUUGGUCCUUUCUCGUCUGACCAGGUAUAUAAAUAAUACCUGGAGGCUGGUAGAUCAAUGGUGGGUUGCUCCCGGAUUGGUCCGGUUCUAUAGAACCGUUAGUAAAACUGGUGGGAGGCUCCACCCACCCACCAUGACUUCAUCAUGGGUGAUCUGCACAUGCGCAGAAGCUUCUGCGCAUGCACAGAAGUGUGCACACACACGCUCCCAUUGCAAACCAGUAGUAAAGGUAAGUAGAACCCACCCCUGCACUGGAUAGUAAAAAGAAGCAGCUCAGGGUUAUCCCUAGCAAGAUAAUAUAGGCUGUGAAUUUAAAGACCAACUGAUUCUGGGGUUAGCUCAUUUUACUUCUGAAUGGGGCUUGCUUCCCAUCAAAAAGAAAUGGCUUGCAAUCAGGGGAAGGGUCUUCUUGUAUUCAUGGCUCCUCACAGCAGGUGGAAGCUGUAGCCAAGUGAGCAUAAUUUUGUCUAGUGUACCAAAUGUGACCUUGCCUGCAGUAGAAGAUAUUGGGAAGUUCCAGAUCAUCUUGUAGCUGGACUAUUGUAUUUUGAUCCACAUAGGGCUGUACUUGAAGAUAAUCUGGAAAUUUAUGAUAAUCUGACACAGUAUGUGGUAGUUCAGGUAGUAAUGGGUUUGCCUAAAUUCACUCAGACCCACUAUAGGUCUACAUUGGCUACUAAGAUGCUUCUGGGUAAAAUUCAAAAUGUUGGCUAUUACCUUUUAAAACCCUAUAUGGAUAAGAGCCUGAAUACUUGUAAAGACUUGUAAAAUGUCCCAUUACUGAGUGAACAGAAGUUGAACCCUAUCAUUGAGAGAUCCCUCUUAUAAGGAACUGGUGUCCUCCUUAUUGAGCUUUUGAGUUGCCCUGAAGAUAAAUCUCUUCAGGAAAACAUUUGGAAAUAAUGAAGAUUGAUUGAAUGGUGCUAUUAGGACAGGGGGUCUCCAAACUUGGCAACUGUAAGACUUGUGGACUUUAACUCUCAGAAAGGUGGCUGAAGAACUCUGGGAGUUGAAGUCCACAAGUCUUAAAGUUGCCAAGUUUGGAGACUCCUGUAUUAGGACAUAGCAUUUUGAUUAUUAUAAUUCUAUUUUAAUGGUUUUUGUUGCUUCAUGUGUGCCAUUCUAAAUCAUUUGGCGCUGAAUAUAAUUAUAUAAUUUAGAACAAAGGAGCAGAGUGCAAGGCAUAGUAUCCAGGUAAGUAUUUUUUUCUCCAGAUGUGAUUUUUUUUCACAUGCUGAAAGACUGAGCUGAGUUGUGAAUUAAAACUAAACAAAUAGUUUGAUCAAUGAGAAUCUAAUAUAUAUAUAUUCUUUUUAGCUUUUCAUGAAGUCUUUUAAAGCCAGGCUUUUUGGAGGUUUAUUGUCAACUGAUUUAGUAUGUGUAAAUUUUAGAAAUUUAUUUCAUCUUUAUUUUAGCCAUCAUCUGUAAUCUUUGUCACAAACAAUGUAUUCAGAGAAUAUGCUGGGAAAGAGAAUUCAAUUCUCAUCCAUCUCCAUUCAGGUUAGGCUGAAGAUUUUUGUACAUGGUCCACUCCAACGCAGCAUCAGAUAAGCGUAGUAAAAUUGGAGCACUCUAGCUUAGUCAUUAAUAUAUGCUAAAUUCCAGGGUUUUCCUUAUUAAAGACAGCAAACAAAGCUCAGCCUGCACUGAGGUUGAUCAGGAGGCAUCUUGUGUAUGCUCAGAAGCUGACACUCUGUUAUGUGAUGUCAGAAAAGUGCCUCGAUGCUGUCAAACAUGCUAGAUCUAAAGGUUUGAGAUCUCUGAUUCAGAUUAAACCCCUGCAGAGUAUAUAUGAGAAAGGCUGUUUUUAAAAACAGAAAACCCAGUUCAUUAAAAAAAAAUGUUUACAGUUCGGGAUAGGAAAAAUGGGAACAAUAUUAUAGGGAUGCUUUCUAAUAACAAAGCAGGCCUGGGAGAAGAAGGGGGUGCAUCACCAGUAGCUGCCAUGAGGUGGCACUAAGCAUUCAAGUCUGCAUCUUUGGGAAGUCUUUGCGAAGUUAGGUGAAAGGAGGAGUAUAGGAGGAGCUGAAGCAUUGAAAUCAUUUUACUCUUGAGACUAUAAAAAGGAGGACCUCAGUAACUAAUUUAUAACAGCAGCAGCCCUGUCCUUUUGGAUAUGCAUUUCUCUUGACAUGGCACUUACACCUGCAAAUAACCUAAGAAGCUUUGAUGAUGUAAGAAACAGGGCAAGAGAAACUUCUGAAAUCCUGAUGAAAACAUACGAAAUCUGAAGAGAAACAGGAUCAGAACAAAUAACAGGACUUGGAACUUCCGCAUUUCUGGAAAUUGCCUUUCCAAGGUUAUGUUCUGACAAGCCUCUCAGACGGAAAAGACCAUCUUAAAAAAGGCAUAAUUGCUAACAGAGAUGAAUUUGUCCAACCAUCCCAACACGUUAGACUCUAACUUCACUGCUCUUGGGAACAAUUUGGCCAUUCCCAGCACCGGGACCAAUCCAUCAACAUGUGACCAGGUGGUUAUAGCAGCUGAAGUAUUUCUCAUGCUUGGCAUUGUAAGCCUUCUUGAAAACAUCCUUGUCAUCUGUGCCAUAUUUAAGAACAAGAACUUACAUUCUCCUAUGUAUUUCUUUGUAUGUAGCUUAGCAGUUGCUGACAUGUUGGUCAGUGUGUCAAAUGCCUGGGAGACGAUAACUAUAUAUUUGCUAAACAACAGGCAUCUUAUUAUCGAAGAUGUUUUUGUACGUCACAUAGAUAAUGUUUUUGAUUCAAUGAUCUGCAUAUCUGUGGUGGCUUCCAUGUGCAGUUUGCUAGCUAUCGCCGUUGACAGGUACAUCACCAUCUUUUAUGCCCUCCGUUAUCAUAAUAUCAUGACUGUGAGAAGAUCGGGACUCAUCAUUGCAUGCAUAUGGAUUUUCUGCACUGGCUGUGGAAUCAUCUUCAUCCUUUAUUAUGAAUCAAAGUACGUAAUCAUGUGUCUCAUCACAAUGUUUUUCAUAAUGUUGUUUCUCAUGGUUUCUCUCUAUAUACACAUGUUUCUUUUGGCUCGUACUCAUGUUAAGAGGAUAGCAGCUUUGCCAGGAUAUAAUUCUGUCCAUCAAAGGACUAGCAUGAAAGGAGCUAUCACUUUGACAAUACUACUGGGCAUCUUCAUUGUAUGCUGGGCUCCCUUUUUCCUCCACCUCAUCCUGAUGAUCUCCUGCCCUCAGAAUCUCUACUGUGUUUGCUUCAUGUCUCAUUUCAACAUGUACCUCAUUCUCAUAAUGUGCAAUUCAGUGAUUGAUCCCUUGAUCUAUGCUUUUCGGAGCCAGGAAAUGUGGAAGACUUUUAAGGAGAUCAUAUGCUGCUAUAGCAUAAACAUGGUCUGUGGAUUACCCAGCAAGUAUUAGAAAACAGAUAUGGAUCCCAUACUGUAAGAACUUUUGAGAAAUAACACUUAGCCUAAAUGCAGUUACCUGAAAGCUCAUUCAGUGAUGCUUAUUUGUGAGUAAACAUGCAUAGGAUUGUUAGUUUACAAACUAAAUUAUUGAUUUUAUCUUGUUCCUUAUGAACUGCUACACUUCUAACUUGUGAUCCUUGUUGACAGUCUGUGUGGGAAACGAGCAUUUUUUUCGUGUUUGUAUUGCCAUUUUUGGAUGAUUUUAUCUUCCUUGAGCAAGCAUGAAUAUGGUAUGUGUUAAUUAUUUAUAAAGAUGCAAACAGUUGUUUGGUUUGGUGGGUAUAUAGAGUAAAUUGUCUUUGUACUGCUAGCAAUCCAGAUAAGUCUUUUAAACAACCAAUACUUAAGAAUCACAAAAUGUCUUUGCUGAACUCUAUGUACAAAUGCAAUUUGCAUAUAAUUUAUAAAGAACUCAGUUAUUCAUGGGAAAAGAAGCCAAAGUAUUAAGAAAAGCACAAUAGAUUACUCAAUGUAAGUACAAUAAUUUAAUAUUUGUUUAACAUUUUUAAAGAUACCUAACUCUAUGACUAUGGGUCAUAUAAAUUAUUUCAUAUUUACUGCUA